AUGAAAUUCUGCACCGCUUACGUGAGAGAUGACAGUACGCUCCUCAUAGUUGAUGACGAUGAAGAUAUUUUGACCGCUGGCAAACUCCUGCUACAGCGUCACUACGCGCGCGUGGAUACUUGUGCGGAUCCAGAGCUUAUCCCUGAGCUUAUUGCGGCAACAGAUUAUGCAGCCAUCCUGCUCGAUAUGAACUUUGGGCCUGGCGAGUCCAGCGGCGCAGCAGGUCUUGCGUGGCUGCAGAAAAUUCUGCUACUUAAUCCUGAUGCGGUGGUGGUGUUAAUUACCGCGCACGGAGAUAUGGAUAUGGCGGUUGAAGCCAUGAAAAUUGGUGCUACCGACUUUAUCGCCAAGCCUUGGCAGAACGAGAAGCUUGUUGCCACUUUGUCCGCCAGCGUCAAAUUACACCGCUCGCGCCGAGAAGCGAGCGCUCUGAAAAAAACUAAUACAGCCCUGAUGGAAGUGGCCAGUAACACCCGGCAACCGAUGCUCGGCGAAUCCACCGCGAUGCAGGAGGUACAACAUCUGAUCGAGCGUACCGCGCCCACUCAGGCCAAUGUCCUUAUUCUUGGUGAAAAUGGUACGGGUAAAGAGCUCGCCGCUCGCGCAUUACACAACCAAUCAGCGAGACGUGAGCACGUGUUUGUGACCGUCGAUUUGGGCGCUAUUUCUGAAACCUUGUUUGAAUCUGAGCUGUUUGGACAUGUUAAAGGCUCUUUUACCGAUGCUAAAUCUGAUCGGAUCGGCCGCUUACAAGCGGCCCGUGGCGGCACCUUGUUUCUGGACGAAAUUGGUAAUUUGCCUUUGCACUUGCAGGCCAAGCUGCUGUCGGUAUUGGAGCAGAAGCAGGUAGUACCGGUGGGGGCUAGUAAACCGGUAGAUAUCGAUAUCAGGAUCAUUGCCGCAACGAACGUACCGCGUGAACAACUCACCGAUGAACAGCGCUUUCGUCAGGACCUCCUCUUUCGCCUGAAUACAGUUGAAAUUAUUAUGCCGCCCCUGCGAGAACGUCGUGAAGACAUAUCGGCAAUCGCUGUUUACUACGCGGACCUGUAUACCCGUAAAUAUGGCAGGCAAAGCAAGCGAUUUUCGUCCGCGGCACUGGCUGCGCUGACAGAGUAUGACUGGCCUGGCAAUGUGCGUGCUUUGCGACACGCUUUGGAGCGAGCGGUAAUUCUGUCUGAGGCUGAUGAGUUUGUGCCUGAAGAUUUCAGCUUACCCCAGAUAGAGCGCACCAGGGUGAAAAGUGAUCGGCUGGAAAACCUGUCGUCAGACGCCUCCGUAUUAAACAAUGACCUUAAUCUGGAAGCGCUCGAACGAAAAGCAGUUCAGGCUGCGCUUACCCGCUUUCUGCUCGUGACACCUGAUUACCCCGUAGUAAUGCUGUUAGUACUGGUUAGUGCUGUUGCGCUGUCUUUGGAGUUGUACAAAUUUAUUGCCAAAACAAAUCGUGAGAUUGCACGGUUUCUGGACGCGGCGCGCUAUGCUGACUUUGGUCAGCGUUUCGAAUUUGUUGGUCUAGGUGCGGGUUUUACAGAGCUUGGUGACACCUUUACUUUCAUUCUGGAUCGCUUUCGUGAAGACCGUAGCCAGAACGAGACCGAGGUGCGUCAAUUGAAGGCGAUGCUUGAACAUGUGCCGGUACCGUUGCUGUCCGUUGGCCGCGAUAACCAGUUGACCUUAUGGAACAAUGCGGCACGUCGUUUAUUCGGUCGAUUUAAUCUAACCCAGGUAGAAGACCUGAACCGCUUCGGCAAAGACAUUCCGGAACGCAUACUGCUUGCGGAGCCUGGGUCGCGGAUGUUGCUGACUCUGAACUUCGAUGGGCAUGACCAGACCUUCAGCAUCGGUACCAGCGAAAUUGCGAUGCCAACACAAACAUUGCAGCUCCUGAGUUUGCAGAAUAUCCAAAGUGAAUUGGAUGUGACCCAGCUACAAGCCUGGCAGGAUCUAGUGAGAGUAUUGACCCAUGAAAUAAUGAAUUCCAUCACCCCCGUGUCGUCGCUGGCCAGAACCGCUGUUGAUCUGGUAGAUGAUGUGAGUCAUAAGGUGGCCAAUGACGAAUUGAUUGCAGAGUUAACAGAUGUCAAAGAUGCUGUGAAUACGGUGGCGAGACGCGCAGAUGGACUGAUGAACUUUGUUUCAAGCUACCGCCGCCUGACCCGCCUGCCAGAGCCGAACAAAAGCAGAUUCCCCGUAGACGAUCUGUUGACCGAUGUGAGGCGUAUUGUGCUUGCGCAAGGCUCGGACCAGGAUGUUGAAAUUCUGAUCAGCGUUACACCCCAGAGUCUGGAAUUGUAUGCGGACCGACAGAUGAUCGAACAGGUGCUGAUCAAUCUGGCACAGAAUGCCCUGUAUGCAGUUGAGCACGUUGACCAACCCAAAGUUGAGCUGCGAGGCACUCUCAGUCAAAGCGGGCAAGUGACCAUCGAGGUUUUAGAUAAUGGCCAGGGUAUUGCUGCAGAUGUCGCGGUGAAGAUUUUUGUACCCUUUUUUACCACUCGAAAAAAUGGCAGUGGUGUAGGUCUUGCUUUGAGUCGGCAGAUCAUGAUCGCCAACGAAGGUACCAUUUCAUUCAACAAUCGAGAAAGCGGUGGCGCCAAAUUUUCCUUGGCAUUUUGA